CCAAGAUCCCUUGGAACUUGGAAGUUCCCACCAACUCCACCAAAGCCAGCGAAAGCGUGCGUGCAGCCUCCACACCUCCCCGGAGAUGCCACCACCGGACGACUCCUCGGCGGCCUCCUCCGCCACCGCGCCAUCCGAGAGCUACGCGAAGGUCCUGCAGGGCCGGUAUGAGCUCGGCCGCGUCCUCGGCAGGGGAGGCUCCUCCAAGGUCUACCGCGCGCGGGACGUCCGCACGGGCGUCCACGUCGCCGUCAAGGCCGUCCGGAAGCCGCGCCACCCGUGCCCGCCCGAGGACGCCGCGGCGGCGCGCCGGUCCGUGGAACGGGACCUCGCCGCGCUCCGGCGCGUCCGGGGCCACCCGCACGUCGCGCGCCUACUCGACGUCCUGGCCUCCCGCUCCGCCGUCUACAUCGUGCUCGACCUCGCCCGCGGCGGCAGCGUCCAGUCCGCGCUCGAGGAGAGGGGCCGGUACGACGAGCCCGCGGCGCGCCGGCUCUUCGGGCAGCUCGCCUCCGCGCUGGCGCACGCGCACGCGCGCGGCGUGUUCCACCGCGACGUGAAGCCGGAGAACCUGCUCCUGGACGAGCGCGGCGACCUCAAGCUCACUGACUUCGGGCUCUGCGCCUUCGCCGACCGCCAGCUCGGCGCCGACGGCCUCACGGCGACGGCCUGCGGGUCCCCUGCCUACGUCGCUCCGGAGAUCCUCCUCAAGAGGCGCUACGACCCAGGCAAGGCCGACGUCUGGUCAUGCGGCGUCGUGCUCUUCUCGCUCACGGCCGGGUACCUGCCGUUCAACGACGGCAACAUCAUGGGCAUGUACCGGAAGAUCUGCUCGGGGAGGUUCCGGUGCCCCAAGUGGUUCUCCUUGGAGCUCCGGUCGCUGAUCGGGAGGAUGCUGGAUCGGGAACCCAAUACACGCAUCAAGAUUGGUGAGAUCUUAGACCACCCUUGGUUACGCAAAGACGGCAUGUCAUUUGUUAUCACGGCAACUACGAGCUCUUCUCAUCCGACUCCAGAGGUGGUGAAAUGGGAGGCGGAAUCAGAGCUAGCAAGGGAGAUGAAUGCAUUUGAUAUCCUUACAUUUGCAUCAGGGUGUGAUCUGAGUGGGGUGGUCGGGGCUUUCACUGAUCGGGUUCGAUUUCUGGUGUCGGGUAGAAAUGCCAAGUCAGUGUUGGACAAAGUUGAGGAGCUUGGGCGAGAAGAAGGGUUCGCGGUGAGGAGGAAGGAGGAAGCAGGGUUUGGAGGGGUUCUAUUGGAAGCAAUAUGGGGGAAAUUCAUCGCGCAAGUUAGUGUUCAUCCGUUGCAUGAGCAAAUAUUGCUUAUUGAAGCAGAAAGAGCUAGCAACCAAGAGGAACCAGAAUUUUGGGAGAAACUCCAAGCAAGUCUUAAAUUCUCAAAAAACUGAAUAUGAAUAUUGCCGCUUGGUGUAACUACGUUUCAAGAGUCAUGCAAGUAUAUAUGUAUAGAACAUUUAAAUCAUGGACAUUUGUACGCAAUACAACACAUUUUAUC